AUGUCUCCUGUGUCUAAAACUGAAGUGGCUUCCCCUGCUGCAACCGCAACAACUCCCACUGAGACUUCUGCUCAACCCAGCAUAUCCACUAAUCCACCUGUCAAGACGGACAACGUGAAUAGUAAGAAACGGGCCAAGGCGCGGAAGCAGGGUGGUUUACAAGCUCUUUUGGCCUCUAAACCAAAAACCCAACCAUCUCUAGAUCUGUUCGAUUUCUUACAGUGA